AUGGCUAAUUCUCAAUCCUCUGCCGCGCAGACGUCUACCAACUACAAGGAGGCCUUUUCGCUGUACGACAAGCGUGGCAAUGGCCGUGUUGCCCUCGAAUCCCUUGGCGACCUCCUACGCGCCUGUGGGCAGAAUCCCACCCUCGCCGAAAUCAGAGACCUGGAGAAACAAGUUGGUGGCGACUUCGACUUUGACUCGUUUAGCAAAGUCCUCAACCGGCCUGGCGGCUUCCGAGACCCUGGUGAACCAGAAGAAUAUUGUCGCGGCUUCCAGGUGUUUGACAAGGACAUGACUGGCUUCAUUGGGGUGGGCCAGCUGAGAUACAUCCUGACAAAUCUGGGCGAGAAAAUGAGCGACGAAGAGGUGGACGAGCUGCUGAAGGCCGUCGACACCAGCAGUGGCGAGAUCAACUACAUGGAGCUCGUCCGAACGAUUCUGGCCAACUAG